AUGGCUGACGGAUUUAUCAAUUUUUUUGAAUCAUUUGAAUCUAAAUUAAAUAUUGUUAUCCCGCAAACAGUCAAAAACAUACUUAUUAUAAAUGGAUAUGACAAUAAAAGGCUUGUAGCAGAAUUAAACGAGACGAAAAUAAGCGAAAUUGAAGAUUUUGUUAGAAACGAUUUACGCAACAUUGUAGAAAAACAUGAUUUCGAAAAAUACUACGGUUUAUUUGCCAACAAACCACAUUUAUUUAAAUUUGUUGUUGGGCAUAGGCAAAUUAUUCUUAAACUAAUUGAAUUUGCCCAAGAGCAGAUAACUAAUGAAUCCCACUUCGAAUUAAAAGAAAAAAGAAAAGCAAUGCAAAAAACUCGCGGAAAAGCUGUUCCCUCGACUUCAACCUGCUCAUCUGCUAUAAAACUAGAAAAUGUUGGGGAACACAGUCGUCAUGAUUCUAGUGGCUCACGAACUCGGACUGAGUCUGUUUCUUUAACAGAAGAAAAUGCUGCAAUAUGGAGUACCUUAAAAAGUUGGACAAAAAGUAAGACUACCGGUGCUUUAUGGGAUAAGUUGUCCAAAGAAUUUGACAAUUUAAUUGUUGCUGUCACCACAGAUACAUAUAAUGAGUUGUUUUGUAAAAUUACUUGUUUCUGUGGGGUAAAAGUAAAAAUUACAAAAUUAUCCAAGGGUAUUUCAUCUAAUAAGCGAUGGAUUUAUUCCAAUUUUCAUAAGCAUUUGAAAAAACAUAUAGAGCCUAGUCCUGAAAAAAACAACGCACCAAAAAAACUUGGAAAACAAAUGAAAAAUCUGCCUAUUACAUCAUUUUUAACGGAACCUGUUCCCAAAAGAAGCAAAAUAAACGUAAUUCAAAAUAUUACUAUUCCCUCGACUAUUCCUUCCACUUCAGUUAGUUCGCCUAUAAAGGAUUUUUCACUGACCAAUUGUUACCCUACAGAAUUAAACAACAUUUAUUUAGAAACAGAAAACUGCACGUUAAAAAUGGGUUCUCUUGGUGAAGACUUGAUGGAGAUUAAUCAAUCUGAUCAUAAAUCAAGCCAGCCAGCUGAAGAAUUAAAGUUGGGGAAUUCUGAGACUUCUACAGUUCAGAAUUUGAUGGAGAAUAAUCAUUCUGAUCAUAAAUCAAGCCAGUCAGCUGAAGACUUAAAACUGAGUAAUUCUGAGACUUCUACAGUUCAGAAUUUGAUGGAAAUUAAUCACUCUGAUUAUGAAUCAACCCAACCAGCUGAAGACUUAAAACCGGGGAAUUCCGAGACUUCAGAUUAUUUAAAUAAUCAAGCUUUAUUAAAGGAUUCGAAAUGGAUGAAAAAGAAAUACCAAAGAUUUGAACGAAAUCGACGAGCUCGAGAAAAACACACUUCUGAUCAGACUUUUAUUACGGAUUAUUUUGUAUUGGCUGAAAAAGUAAAUCAAAUUAUUAGUGAUAAUUCUGGAGAUGCAAAUAUAUUUUUGGAACACGUUAUCCAGGAAAAUAACCUGUCCGAAGAAAAAUCGAAAUCAGUUAAACAAAAAACAUAUUCAUUCCUUCAAAGAUUAUUAGAGUUGUCCUUACAGAAUUCUAAAGGCCCUAAAAACCGGAACAAUUAUGACGAAGCAAUAAAAAAAUUCUCGUUGUAUCUUUAUUAUACUGGAGGGAGAUUAUUAUACGAGACAAUCCACGCAAAUUUGCAGAAUUCUAUACCUUCUAUUUCUGCAUUAAACAGAUAUAUUUGUAGAGAACGUUCUCCAGUAGAAGAGGGAUUUGUCGAUUUCGAAGGUUUAAGUAGGUUCUUGGAAGAAAAUAAUCUCUCAAAAACAGUUUGGAUAUCAGAAGAUGCUACGCGAAUAACCGGAAAAAUCCAGUAUGACUCAAGAACAAAUAAACUAAUUGGAUUUGUGUUGCCAUUGAAAGACGGUGUUCCCCAAACUAAUGCGUAUAUCGCGACCUCAUACAAUGCCAUUCAGAAAUAUUUUCAAACAGGUGUUAAAGCUAUGUAUGUCUAUGUAGUAUUGGCUUUACCCCUUGGAAACAAUUCUCCAUCUUAUUGUUUGAGCCUUUUCGGAACGGAUAACAAAUUUACAGGACAAGACGUCAUUAAAAGAUGGAAACACCUUAAAAAAUUGGCUAAAGAAUAUGGAAUUACAGUUGUAGGGUUUUCUUCCGAUGGAGACACUCGACUUUUAAAAAGUAUGCGUCAAAAUUGUUGUCUUCCUCUAGGUGACCAAGAUGUGCAAGAAUGGGAAUGGUUUAGAAUGGACCUGAAGAAAGUUGACGAAUGCUUUUUACAAGAUACAGUUCAUAUAUUAACAAAGAUGCGAACACGAUUUUUAAAGCCAAAGAUUGUUUUACCUGUAGGAAAAUAUUUUAUUACUGUUGAUCAUCUUUACCAACUUAUAAAACUUGAAAAGAAGGAUAAACAUAUGCUUACAUUAUCAGAUUUGAAAUCUGAGGACAAAAUGAACUUCUUAUCCGCUAAAAAAAUUUGUUCUGAUGCUGUAACUACAAAUCUAAAAUCCCAAAUUCCAGACAGUAAUGGAACCGUUGCCUAUUUAAAACUAAUGAAUUUUAUUUUAACAUCAUUUUUGGACAAUAAGUUAGAUCUAAAGGCACGUUUGCACAGAAUAUGGUACUGCGUAUUUUUUCUUCGUAUAUGGAGAUCUUGGAUCAAAGCCAGCAAAAAAUAUACUAUCAAAGACAACUUUUUAACUAGCAAUUGCUAUCUUUGCAUAGAAUUAAACGCUCAUAAUUUAAUAAAACUUAUCUUGAAAUGCAGAGAUCCUUCUAAUACGUUUACGCCUGGUAUGUUCGAUUUAUCUAAUAUGAAUAGUCAGAACUGUGAACAAUUAUUUCGUGCAGCCCGAUCAAUGACGUCGACGUUUUCUACAGUAAUAAAUUUCAGUGUUAAAGAUUUUAUGCAUCGGAUUGAUAGAAUCGAAGCUAUCAAUUCUAUAAAAAACAAUUUGAAAGGCCAAUUUGUUUUUCCUAGAGAAGAGAAAAAAGCUAUUCAUAACACGGUAACACUCAAUGAGUCCAAAUUUUUAGAACUGGAUAUUGAAGAAACAGUUAUACAAGCUUUAAAUGAUGCUAUACGUGAUGUAAAGGAUAUUGGAAUUAUUUUCGAAUCCGAUGAAUGGAAAUAUAUUGACAUGCCAGUUUAUAACCUUGAGAAUAUUGAUCUCGAUAUUAAUGAUUUAGACGAACAAGAAAUAGAAAUAGAUGAUGGAGAAGUACAAAUUGAAGACCAGAAUUCGUUUCAGAACCUUAAUGUUGAUAAUUUUGCUGAUUUUUCUUUAGAAUCUGAUGACAAGCCGGAAGAAGAAAUUGAUGAUCUACAACUAAAAGACUACUCAAAUAAGGUAUUCGAAUUAACCGAAGAUUCACCGUUUGUCGAAGUAAAAUUAACAAAUAAAAAAACAAAAAUUCUUAAAAAGUCAUCUUUAUGCUGGUUUUUCGAUGAGCAUUCCAGUCGAGUUAGUACUGACAGAUUAAGAAGAUUCUUUGCAAAUCGUGGAAAGGCAAGCAAAAAUAUAAAAAACAAAAUAUCAAAUAAAAACUCUCGAAAAAACUCAAAAACUAAAACAGUAAAAACUAAAACAUAUGAAAAUGCCACAUCAUCUAAUGAUUCUGAUGAACCCUUGUACGACGAUUCGACGGAUACAGAAUGCUUUUCAAAUGAUUCAGACUCUCCAGAGAAUAGUUCAUUAAAGAAAAAAAUCUCAUUAACAAUUGUACUAGAAAAAUACUAUGCGGUAUUUUAUGAACAGAAAUGGUACAUAGGUAGAGUAAUUAAAGAGAGAUCAACAGAUACAUACACAAUGAAAUUUCUUAAGUAUGAACUGAAUUACUUUGUGUGGCCGAAGUCUGAGGAUGUGGCUAUUGUGAGCCAACAAUAUAUAUUUUACGGACCUAUAGAUUUAAUUGGAAGUGGUCCUUUCCAGUUAAAACGGAACGAUUUUUUAAAAAUCUCUAAAAUGUAUAAAACCAUGAAAAGACCUUUAUUUUAUGACUAG